AGCUGACAACACUCUUUGUUCUUGACAGGCUAUUUUACCAUGGCUGACCACGAGCAUGACGAUGACUUGAACCCAACCAAGACCGAGGGCUUUAAAGUUGGCGAGAAGAAGACAGUGGAAGAAUAUCAGAAGCUUGACGCAAACGAUGAAUCUCUCAACCGCUGGAAAGCCUCCCUUGGACUGGGCAGCGGCACCGCCAUCUCCGACCCCAACGACCCCCGCAAAUGCAUCAUCAAAUCUCUCGCUUUGGAGGUCGACGGCAGACCAGAUAUCACAGUCGACCUCUCCGCACCUGGGUCAGUGGAGAAGCUAAAGGACAAGCCAUUCACCAUCAAGGAAGGCUGCAAAUUCCGAAUGAAGGCGACGUUCGUCGUUCAGCAUGAAGUGCUGAGCGGAUUGAAGUAUGUCCAGGUGGUUAAGAGAAAGGGCGUGAGAGUGAGCAAGGACCAAGAGAUGCUUGGGAGUUACGCUCCAAACACCACAGACAAGCCGGUCUAUGAGAAGAAGUUCAACGAGGAACAAGCACCGUCGGGCAUGCUUGCUCGGGGUCAUUAUACCGCCCUUUCCAGAUUCGUGGAUGACGACGACACCACCCAUUUGCAGUUCGAGUGGUCUUUCGAUUUCGCCAAGGAUUGGUAAUUUUUGGUCGAGUAGCAAUUUGGCGUUCAUGCAGUUGAAAUAUCAUAGCGAACACGCGUCCUCUUUGUUUCUCCGAACAUUGGGAUCCUUUGCCAUACCCUGAUAUUCUUUUGUUCUUUCAUUUAAAUCCAAAGCUCCAUCUGCGUCGAUCCUCAUUCUUGAAACCGGUCUUUUACAGACAACUGGUGUAUGCUCCCGUCUACCAUCAGAAAUAUCGUGUUUGCUUUUUGUUACCAGAGACGAAGGGAUCUAUCCGAUAACCAAAAGGAAGGAAAACGGAAGAGAAUU